AUGCCAAGGACCGUCAUUUACGACCUGAAGGGCGGCUUUGGUUCGUUGAGGCAGAUCAAUGCUCUGUACGAAGUCCAGCAGGACGGUCCGCCACAGGGCCUGUGGAAUGGCAGAACAGUUGUGCAAAGACAACAGCCCAUCGAGGCCAGCGCAUACCAGCAGAGCCUCGACGCCGGUCUGGAGCCACCGGAACUGACUACCAGCACCGUAAGAUACUGGUCUGAUUUUAACCGCGUUUUCUUCCAUCCGCGCUCCAUUGUGCAGCUCAAUGAGUAUGAGCUCAACUCCAGCCUCGUGCCAUUCGAGAGAUGGGACACGGGCGAAGACCUCUUCUCGUCCCUCGACAAGGAGAACGACCUUCUUGAUCGAGACAUCAGGCCGUUUGCGGAGGAGGCAGAUCAAAUGCAGGCCAUCCAGAUCAUGACCACCGUGGAUGACGCCUGGGGCGGGUUUGCCUCGCGGUAUAUAGAACGCCUGAGGGACGAAUACGGCAAGACUACCAUCUGGACGUGGGGACUGCAGGAUGCCUUUCCAGGGCUGAAUAGAGAAAAGCGGCUUCUACGACUUGUGAACAAGGCAAAGAGCCUGACAGAGAUCUACAAGCAAGCUUCUCUACUGGUUCCGCUGGCAAUACCGCAGCACUUAUCUCCCCAUUCCCUAGCACUUGACUCUAGCUCCGCGUGGCAUACAUCUGCCCUUCUAUCAACGGCCAUAGAGAGUGCCACGCUGCCAUCGCGACUCAAAGACUUGACGAAUAGGGAUAGCCUAGGCAAUAUUGGGAAUCUGCUGAAUGUGCACGGCAAGCAGACAGUCGCCCACCUGCAAAUGAGCAUAGCCCGAUCCGACCAGGUUCCUCGCAGCGAGAACGUAGGUGAUGAACCGUCAGACGGCCUGCGGCUGGAUAUCGACUUCCGCCCUCCCGACGAUGUGGCCGACAGCCAUCGUCAAAACGGAUUCAACGUGCCGAAGAUAUUCAGCCAGGUCCUGGCCACGCGCGGAGAGAGGGCAGACGAAGAAGACGAGGAAGAGAACGACGGGGAUGACAGGGAAGACGCGGCGCACCGUCGACGGAAUGAUCGAGAGGCAUUGAGCAGGACAUACCGCUCUCAACUAAGCUACCCUACACCAGACAGCUUCCCGAAGAUUUUCAGGGGCGACGAUGGGGAGAUCCUGGCGGGACCAAUAUCCGUUAGCACAGCCCUGACUACUGACACAGCCUUGUCGCAGCGCCUGAGACUCUUACGCUCAACGGUAGUCCGGUCCAUUGGUGUCGAAGAUCGAGAAACCCUGAGCAACGAUCUUGCCGAAAUGGCAGACGAGUAUCACGAGGGAUGGUCAAGUGGCAGCGAUGAAGGUGAGGAUGACUAG